GGACUCCGCGCUCGGUCUUGGUAUUUGGCCAAUCAAUGCACGAGAAAAAUCGCUUACGACUCUAUUCCUGUAUCGUGUGGCCCGCACUCUCCCCCGGCAACACUUGUCGCAGGAGCUGACAAAAGGCGCAGGCUCCGAAAAGGACUACUCUUUGCUAUUAAUUCGCCCCACCUUUGCUCGCACCGCUCAAGAAACUAAAAUCUACUUACUCACACUCGUCCACACCACCACAUCUACACAAUGUUAAGGGGACGUCUUCUAAACACAACCCCAUUUUUGCGGUGCACCCUGCGCGAGAGUACGAAGCGGUUUAUGCGGACCGUGUCUGCCCCCAGCAAGCAGUCGCCGGCGGCUGAUUUUGGUAGAUCCAACUCUCAUCUUCCCGCUGACCUCCCACACACCAAGCUUGAUGGGCGCUCGUGGACCAAGCACCAGCUCGACCCUAUCUUGGCCGCAAAGACACAAACACAAACGCCCGCCCAGCUGCCGGGCCUCCAGGCGUCUCGCUGGGCAAAACAUUCCUUAGACACACCCGCGGCUGCCCCUACAAGAAGCCCCACUAGUCUGCCAAUCAUCCAACGCCCCGGAGAAAUCUCUCUUUUGGCGCCUGUCCGGAGAUCCAGAACUUCCAGGUUCAAGGGCUUCAAAGCUGCCACGUCUGCCUCUCCCACUGCCCAGGAAAGCGAGCCACAACAAAACGCCAGUGUCGACGAGGUCAAGACGGCGCCUGUGGCAGAGCUCCCAAAAGUCAUCACUGAUCCUGCGGCUAGUGCAACCACGGCGUCUGUGCCAGCCCCGCAAGAUUCUACCACGGCCACGACAAAGGCCAAAAAGCCUAGAAGGCAAUUGAAGCCCCGCAAGGCCCUCAUCACAUUGACACCUAACGCUCUAGAAAAUCUUCGUGCAUUGCUCGAUCAACCAGAGCCACAACUCAUCCGUAUUGGUGUCAAAAACAGAGGUUGCUCCGGGUUGACGUACCACCUCGAGUACGUCUCUGAACCAGGUAAGUUCGAUGAGACUGUUGAGCAGGAUGGCGUAAGAGUUGUCAUCGACUCCAAAGCGCUUUUUUCCAUAGUCGGCUCCGAGAUGGACUGGAUCGACGACAAGCUCUCGACACGCUUUAUCUUCAGAAACCCAAAUUCGAAGGGCACAUGCGGCUGUGGAGAGUCGUUCAUGGUUUAAAUUAAUCCCUCUACUAUAGCAUACGGUAUUUAAUGAACAAGCA